AUGAGGACUUCAACGCCGACGGCUGUCGCGCCUCAUCGAUACAAUGACUAUUUUAGCCCUCAGCAUACGAGGGACAGCAGUUAUAACUCAAAUGGCUCUUUCGAUCCUCGUCGCUCACUCGUUCCUGGAAUUCGCCGGUAUCCUACGCGAAAAAUUAAGCUCGUGCAGGGUUAUGUUCUGAGCGCCGACUACCCAGUACCAAGCGCCAUUCAGAAUGCCGUACAAAAACAAUAUCGAGAAUCGCCAGAACUUUCCGAGGAGUUCUCCCAGCUGAGAUAUACCGCCGCUACCUGCGACCCGGAUGAGUUUGUUAUGCGAAAUGGCUACAAUCUUCGCCCAGCUAUGUCCAACCGGCACACCGAAUUGAUGAUCGCAAUCACCUGCCGAAGCGAGAAUAAGGUUCUGACGGCACGGACCCUUCACGGAGUAAUGCAAAAUAUCCGCGAUAUCACCAAUCUCAAAAAGUCGGAAUUCUGGAAUCAAGGAGGACCAGCUUGGCAGAAGAUCGUUGUCUGCUUGGUCUUUGAUGGAAUCGACUCCUGCGACAAGAACACUCUUGACGUAUUGGCGACAAUCGGUAUCUAUCAGGAUGGCGUGAUGAAGAGAUCGGUAGACGGUAGAGAAACUGUCGCACAUAUAUUUGAAUACACUACACAACUAUCUGUAACCCCAAACCAGGAACUAGUUCGACCUCACGGAAACGAAUCCACCAAUAUCCCUCCAGUCCAGAUGAUCUUGUGUCUGAAACAGGAGAGCAGCAACAAAAUCAACUCGCACCGCUGGAUUUUCAAUGCCUUUUCGCGUAUGCUAAACCCGGAAGUGGUGGUCCUUCUUGAUGCGGGUACCAAGCCCUGCAAGGAAUCUCUUCUCGGGUUAUGGCAGGCGUUUUAUAACGAUAAGAACCUGGGAGGCGCUUGCGGCGAAGUCCACCCUGUCCAGCACAAGAAGAGUGUUUUCAACCCUUUCGUCGCUGCUCAGACCUUUGACUUGAAACAAUCGAACCUUCUUGAAAAGCCACUAGAGAGUGUAUUUGGGCAUGUUUCGCUGGGCGAAUUUUCCGCUUAUCGCUAUCGAGCCAUCAUGGGCCGACCGUUAGAGCAAUAUUUCAAUGGUGACCUGACACUAUCGAAAAAGCUGGGAAAGAAGGGAUUUGAUGGCAUGACAAUUUUCAAAAAGAACAUGUUCCUUGCAGGCGAUCGCAUCUUGUCUUUCGAGCUGGUAGCCAAGGCCGGAUUCAAGUGGCACUUGACGUUUGUCAAAGGAUCAAGAGGAGAGGUAGAAGUCCAGAGCGAUUUUGCAGAGUUCAUAACCAAGCGACGACAGUGGUUGAAUGGAUCUCUCGCAGCGAAUCUCUAUGCCUUUAUCCAUUUUGGUCGACUUUACCAGAGUGGCCACAAUUUGCUGUUCUUGGCAUUUCUCCAUCUACAAAUGAUUUACAACUUUGCCAAAUUUGUGAUGAGUUGGUUUUCCCUCGCGUCUUUCUUUAUGAUAACGUCGGUCAUCAUGGGCCUCGUGGGCACAGCAAAUGAAGCAAAUGACCAACAAGCUUGGCCAUUUGGGAACGAAGCUUCACCAAUUGUGAAUAACUUCCUGAAAUACGGCUACGUCUUACUCUUAUGCUUGCAAUUCAUCCUUUCUCUUGGAAAUCGCCCCAAAGGCUCUCGGUUAGCCUAUAUCAUCUCAUUCACAUACUUCCCACUUAUUCAGGUCUAUACCACUAUUCUAGCAUUCUACCUAGUCAGCCAGGCUACGAGGAAGCUGGUGGUCAACUCGGUGCUAUACGAAGAUGCGAUGCAAUCGGCUGUGUGGAACAACCUCGCCUCGAGUAUGGUUCUGAUAGCCUUGGUCGCUACUUACGGAGCGCAUCUUGUUGCCAGCAUUCUUUACAUGGACCCACUCCACGUUUUAACAUCUGCGUGGGCCUACUUCGCCGGAACAACGUGUUCCUCCAAUAUGAUCAUGGUCUACGCCUUUUGCAACUGGCACGAUGUCUCGAUCGGUACCAAGGUAGUCGAAAAGACCACGUCCCUUCCGGAAGUUCAAACACAGAAGGAUGAAAAAUCAAAGUUCAUUGAGGAAUUGGAUAGGCCCCAGAUAGAUAUCGACACUCUCUUCCAAGAGACUGUUAAGCGAGCUUUGGCUUCGUUCGAGGCCCCGGAGGAAUCCAAUGGGAAGGACGUUGACGAUUUGUAUAAAGCCUUCCGGACCUACCUCAUCCUGCUUUGGGUUUUCAGCAACCUAGCCAUGGUUCUUUGCAUUAUGAGCACGGGAAUUAGCCGCUUCUGUCUCUCGACCCUACCCAACAUUCGUAUUUGGAAUUACCUUUUGGCUGUGGUCUGGGCAACAGUCGGGAUUUCACUAUUUCGCUUCGCUGGGUCGCUGUGGUUUUUGGCAAAGACGUCCGUGAUGUGCUGUGUCUCACGGAAAUGA